CCUCGGGAGGAAGGAAAGAAGGAGUAGUUACACGAUCGAGGACGGAGGACAGUCCGGUCCCACUCGAGAAUAGCCCCUGCCGAUCCGCCUGUUCCUACUUGUUCUCCUACUUGUUCUUCGUCUUCUUUGGCUCCUUUUACUUCUUCUGCUUCUUCCACAUUGGCAUUGGGUGGGGAUAUGUUCAGGGAAAUCACCUCGGGGGUGUUGGUGUGUCUUCAUUGAAGUCCAUUCCAACCUUAUUGUGGGCGUGUUGGUGUUAAGGGACGGACCCAGUGACUGACUAAGGGAGUGUUCACCAUCGGACUCGUGUGGCCACACCGUCAUCCGACACCAUGCCCAAAGACAGAUUGGCGGCCCUUCGAGCCGCUCAGAGCGACGAGGAUGACCUGGGGGGCGAGGACAUGGCGGUCAAUGUGGAGGGGGGUAAAAUGGACGAAUUCUUCCAAGAGGUGGAAGAGAUUCGGGAAAACAUCGACAAGAUCCAGAACAACGUUGAGGAGGUCAAGAGGAAGCACAGCUCGAUCCUCUCUGCACCCCAAAAUGACGAGAAGAUGAAGCAAGAUCUGGAAGAUCUCAUGUCGGAUAUCAAAAAAACCGCGAAUAAAGUGCGAGCCAAACUCAAGGUCAUUGAACAAAACAUCGAAGCCGAGGAGAAUAUCAACAAGGCCUCGGCAGACUUGCGAAUCCGAAAAACCCAACACUCGACCCUUUCUCGCAAAUUUGUCGAAGUCAUGACCGAGUACAACCGCACCCAAACAGAUUAUCGCGAGCGUUGCAAGAACCGCAUCCAACGUCAAAUGGAGAUCGCGGGUCGCACCACCACCGAUGCCGAACUCGAAGAUAUGUUGGAGCAAGGCAACUCCGCAGUGUUUACUCAAGGCAUCAUCAUGGACACAGCUGCUGCCAAGCAAACUCUGGCUGAUAUCGAGGCACGACAUGCCGACAUUAUCAAGUUGGAGCAUUCCAUUAAAGAGCUCCAUGAUAUGUUCAUGGACAUGGCCAUGCUGGUCGAGAGUCAGGGUGAAAUGAUUGAUCGUAUCGAGUACCACGUGGAACAUGCUGUCGACUAUGUUCAAACUGCGACACAAGAUACAAAGAAGGCUCUUAAAUACCAAUCAAAGGCUAGGCGGAAAAAAAUAAUGAUGCUUCUUUGCGGCGCUGCCAUCGGUGCCAUCGUCAUCUGGUGGGCCGGAGGUUACUUACAACUAUGGUGAAGUACUCUACUUGAUCCUCAACAACUCCCGUUUCCCUCGAGAGCAAUCGAGUUUGGUCAUCGUUAUACGCAUCAUACCCAAAUACGAGUGGUAGUUAUUGAAGUUGGACUACUUUCGCUCCUGCAAGGACUACUCCGGUCAAUCAACAAAUAGCCCAUCUUGAUGGGAUGUUGUUCACUCUCAAUAAUACGGAAUCUAUCGAAAUCGUUAAACCUUAUUGCUGCUAUUACUUAAAUCGGCAUCAUUAUUAUUAUAAUUAUUACUACAUACCACUACUACUGCUACUACUACUAUUAAUAUGAUUAUUAUUAUUAUCAUCAUUAUCAUAAUUAUUAAUACUAUUGCUAAGUACACUACCUACAAUUCUAUUAUUAAUUCAUACCACUACAAUGGUUGGCAUUGCUGUUUCCCGUCAUUCAAUCGCAUAGUGUUCAAUAAAGCAUCCCGAGUAAAAUAUUCCAAUA